GCCUGCGGUUCAGUGGUGGCAAGCUGUACAGUAGUGUCUCCCGGAGUUUUUAUUUUCUCGUACCUUGCGAUGUGACUCGUUGACAGUAAUAUUCGGCUGUUUAUUUAGCAAGAAGAAAACGGUAUGGGAUGUCGCUUCAGAUGCCUGUACGGCCAGGAGUGGAACAGAAUGCAGAUAACCUUUCAGAGUCUGCAUGUGAUGAAUAAGUCUCUAACGGAGAAGGAGAGGACAAGAAAAAGAAAAUAUCUAAGUGUAAAGAAAUGAAAUAAAGGACGAAUAAGCAAUUAGAAAACCAGUGAUUACAAACACCAUCUGCCGUUCAGUGUCGUGAGCGCCUCCCCGUCGCCCGCACCUCAGCCACGGCCGCCCACCCACAGCCGAUAGAGCAGCGCCCGUAGAAACCAACGGAGAUGCCGCGGGCGUGAUCAGACGCCCCUCGGCCCCCCUGGCUGAGGAGGAAGAGAGGCUGACCAAAUGCACGUCUCUCUCCAAUGCUGUCAUGAUAAUGGCAGAGGCCAUACGCGUUCUUCCGGCCAUCGCCAUGCAGAUGUGUAAGCCUCAGCGGCUUGAGAGGGUCGCCCGCCGGAGUUGGCCAUUGUCAUCCUGCUGUCGUUGAGGCUGUUGCAGGAACUGUAGGAUCUCUCAUGAAUCCCUGUGGAUGGGAUUUUGACUAUGGUGAUAUUAGAUACCCAAAGGAUCUUCAGUCAUACCUCCCAGACAGUCUAAACACUUUUUUAUUCUGUAACUCGGGGUCAGAAGCUGUUGACUUAGCUGUCCAGUUAGCCAGACUGUAUACUCGAGGCAAUGAUGUUCUAGUUGUUGAUAAUGCCUUCCACGGCUCUAUUGACUCAGUUCAUCACCUGUCCCCGAAAGUGUCCAAGGCUAAUAAUAUUUCAUCAGUGGAUUGGGUGCAUGUGAUUACAAUGCCUGACCUGUACCGAGGGCCUUAUCAGGGUGAUGAUCCACUGGCAGUCAAGAAAUACUUAGCCAGUGCUAGGGGACAUGUUUAAAAAAAAAUUCGC